UAAAUUCUUGUUUGGCAAUCGUUGGGUCAAAGAAUAAAAAGAAGGAAUCAGUAUGCAAAAGCAAAACCAAUUUCGCCAUUCCAAACACUGCCUCGGACAACCUCAGCCGCCACUCCAAUAUCUGGUGUAGGCAUAUCUAAAUCUAAUAUUCUUAGGUAACAGAAAUCUAUAUAUAAGCAAACACGUGUUCCCAUUUCUAAAUAUACCAAUUGAUACUCUCGACUUUCCCAAAGAAUCAAAUCAUCAGUAAAAAAAGCCACACUGUAGAGUCCUCCGUUUAGUAAAAGUCCUCCAAUGUCUAAUUCCGAUCACCAAAACCCAUCUGCUAUCGAUGGCAACACCUUCGUUGCCAUGUGCCUUGCACGAGCCGGUGUAGACCGGAUGUUCGGCGUCGUCGGAAUACCCGUUACUUCCCUUGCGAACCGGGCGGUCGCUCUCGGUACCCGGUUCAUUGCUUUCCACAACGAGCAAUCCGCCGGUUACGCUGCUUCAGCUUACGGCUACCUUACGGGUAAACCUGGUAUUCUCCUCACAGUCUCCGGUCCAGGUUGCGUUCAUGGCCUAGCCGGACUUUCCAAUGCAACCGUUAAUACAUGGCCCAUGGUCCUGAUUUCCGGGUCAUGUGAUCAGAAGGAUUUGGGCCGGGGCGAUUUUCAAGAAUUAGAUCAAAUUGAAGCUGUUAAACCCUUCUCUAAAUACUCAGCUAAAGCUACUGAUAUAACGAAAAUCCCUAGCUGUGUUUUCAGUGUUUUGGAUUGGGCCGUGUCGGGUCGACCCGGUGGUUGUUAUUUGGAUCUUCCUACUGAUGUACUUCAUCAAACUAUUAGUGAAUCUGAAGCCCAGAAAUUAAUCAAUGAUGCUGAGAAUUGUAGGAUUAAGGAGGUUAAUCUUAAACCCAUUGUUAAACAUUCCGAAAUUGGAAAGGCGGCUGCUUUAUUAAGGAAAGCAGAGAGGCCUUUGAUUGUGUUCGGAAAAGGGGCUGCAAUUUCUAGAGCUGAAAAUGCUUUGAAGAAGUUAGUUGAAAGUACUGGAAUACCCUUUUUGCCAACACCAAUGGGAAAAGGUUUAUUGCCUGAUAAUCAUGAGCUAGCUGCUACUGCUGCUAGAUCACUGGCAAUUGGUAAAUGUGAUGUGGCGUUGAUAGUUGGCGCGAGGCUUAAUUGGCUUUUGCAUUUUGGAGAGCCACCAAAGUGGUCUAAGGAUGUGAAGUUUAUUUUGGUUGAUGUAGCUGAGGAGGAGAUAGAGCUUAGGAAACCAUGUUUAGGGUUGGUUGGUGAUGCUACUAAGGUUGUUGAGAUGUUACAUAAGGAGAUUAAGGAUGACCCAUUUUGUUUGGGGAAGUCUCAUCCUUGGGUUGAGGCAUUGGCAAAGAAGAGUAAGGAGAAUGUUUCGAAAAUGGAGGCACAGCUGGCAAAGGAUGUUGUGCCAUUUAAUUUUAUGACACCAAUGAGAAUUAUUAGAGAUGCAAUAUUGCAAGUGGGCAGUCCUGCUCCUGUUGUUGUCUCUGAAGGCGCAAAUACUAUGGAUGUGGGGCGAUCAGUAUUAGUUCAAACGGAUCCAAGGACCCGGUUGGAUGCGGGGACGUGGGGGACAAUGGGAGUUGGUCUAGGGUACUGCAUUGCAGCUGCUGUUGCUUGUCCUGAAAGGCUUGUAGUAGCUGUUGAAGGGGACUCUGGAUUUGGCUUCAGUGCCAUGGAAGUUGAGACCCUAGUUCGCUAUCAGCUCCCCGUUGUGGUUAUAGUCUUUAACAAUGGCGGAGUUUAUGGUGGUGAUAGGAGGAACCCUGAAGAAAUCACUGGGCCUUACAAAGAAGAUCCAGCACCCACCUCUUUUGUUCCUGGUGCAUCGUAUCAUCUUCUAAUUGAAGCCUUCGGAGGAAAAGGAUACCUAGUUGGCACACCUGAUGAACUUAGAUCUGCACUUUCUGAAUCAUUUUCGGCUAGGAAGCCUGCUGUUAUCAACGUAACAAUUGAUCCUUAUGCUGGUUCAGAGAGUGGCAGGCUUCAGCACAAAAACUGAAGUUCGGGGUCUGUGAUUAUUUGCGUCUAAGAUAUGCUUGCUGAAGUUCAGUUUUUGUCUGCCACUGGUACAAACAGGGGGAAAAAAGGGAAAAAGAAGAGAGACUGCUCUUGCGACUUGGAGAAAAGGAAUAACGAUGGAAAUAGGAUAAGUGACUCUCUCAUCUCAACGAUGCCAUCUUCUUAAUGAUUGUAUGAAGGUUAUUUUUUAAAUAUUUUGUUAGUGUUGUCACAGAUAGAGGAUGGUCUUCAGAUAACAGUUGACUAUGAUGAAUGAAUUUUCAUAUACUAUGGCGUUAAGGAGGGGAAAACUCUUAUGUAAUAAGUAAAUUGAGUUGAUCAGUAUAAUGGAUUUGCAAUAAAUAUUCGCCCUUGUACCUA